AUGACUCAUGAAUCUGUGGCCCAAAAGAGGGCCGUUGGGAUAAGGGACGCAGUGAGCUACGCAGCGACUCAUCGCCGCUUGGCUCGGGUACCUUUCAAACUGCCGCCACGCCUUGCCCGAACGCCGCGCUUGGCCUUCGAGGAUCCUCUAACCUGCGCUUUCACGGUCGCCUUGAUCGAAGAUGACUUCGAAGGAGACUUCGAGCUUCCACUUCUGCCGACAGAACUCUUCGAGACCGUUCGUGAGGCCCCCUUCAUCCGCCUGCUCUUCUCGCCUUUCUUGCCGCCCUUCCUGAUCUGA